CCUAGCAGCCACGUGUAGGUCGAAACUCUGAAACUCCUACCAUGCCAAAUCUUAGUCCGCACCGCACCGAACAAUCACUCCACGACCACCGUCACUCUACGCAUUACCCCAUUCCCGAGCCUCCGUCGUCGUCCGCCCAUCCAUGUGGGCUUCUCUGACCACCAUCAGCAGCAUUCGAUUUCUGUGCUACUGCCGUAUUUUCCUUCCACUUGUCCCCGCAACUCCUUUUUCUCUACUCACCAGGAAGAGCCCUCGUGCCCUAGGUUUCUUGGAGACGACAAACGCCACCAGACCUUCUUUCGCUUCUUUUGCUCGUUCAGGGAAAAGUGGUGGUAGAGGAAAGGAUAUGGAGAUGAGAACUGAUAGAGAGAGAUCAAGAGGGCGUGGCGGCGGCGGCGGCAGCGGCUCUAGCAAAGAUAAGAUCGAUGCUCUUGGUAGGCUAUUGACGCGUAUUCUGCGCCAUAUGGCUUCUGAGUUGAAUUUGAGUAUGCGGAGUGAUGGGUUCGUGAAGGUUCAGGAUCUGUUAAACCUGAAUAUGAAGACUUUCGCAAAUAUUCCGUUAAGAUCACACACUGUUGAUGAUGUUAGGGAGGCUGUCAGAAGGGAUAAUAAGCAGCGUUUCAGCCUCUUGGAAGAAAAUGGGGAACUUCUGAUACGUGCAAACCAAGGCCACACAAUAACGACGGUUGAAUCUGAAAGCUUAUUGAAACCGAUCCUUUCAGCUGAAGAAUUUCCAGUGUGCGUGCAUGGAACCUAUAGGAAAAAUUUGGAAUCAAUUUUGGAGUCUGGUCUGAAACGCAUGAAAAGAUUGCAUGUUCACUUUUCAUGCGGCUUGCCAACAGAUGGGGAAGUAAUAAGUGGUAUGAGACGGGAUGUCAAUGUUUUGAUCUUCCUAGAUGUCAGAAAGGCUUUGGAAGAUGGAAUGAAGCUUUACAUUUCAGACAACAAGGUCAUCUUAACUGAAGGUUUUGAUGGUGCCGUGCCGGCCAAGUACUUUGUAAAGAUAGAAUCCUGGCCGGACAGGAAACCCAUAGUUUUUUGAACCUUUAUCAGAUGAUGGGGGAGUCUUUUUCCCUCGGCUGUUUUGUGCCAUGUCCGUCCCAAUGAGAUAUACUGCUGUUCUUUUUGGUCAAAUAUUUUCACCAAGCCUACAUGUAAUUGCCUUUUCUGUUCUGAGUUUAUUCAUUCCCUUAAUACUAAAAAUCAUGAUCUGUCAGAA